AUGCAGGAACCGGGACUGCUGCUGUUCCCACACAGCACGGUCGAGGUGUGGGGAGCUGUUCCUCGCAGGGCCUUUCCCGAGGGGAACCACAGUGCAACGCUGGAGCUGGGGCACGAGGUUGUCUACUUGGUGCCGGCUGCCCUCACACUGCUUGUUGUCCUUAACCCUUUAGUAACAGCACUGCUGCCAAGAAGUUGCAUUCCUGGGAAAGGAAGACCCCAGCUCGCUAGCGUACAAUUUCAACAGCACUUUCUAGCAGCUUUCCAUAAUCAUACAGAUGCUGGUAUUAAUUCUGUAUUCUUGCCUAGAGCAUAUGUGCUUGCUGCAGGCAUUUCUGUUAGCAUCUUAGUUACUCUUCAGUUCACAGAAUGUACUUCAUGCUACAUUGCAGUUCCUGCCAGCUUAUUUUUUCCUCAGAAAACUUUUUUGGAGGAGCCUCUAUUUGAAACUGCACUGGUGCAUUUGCUUCUUUGUAGGAAUCCGCUGGAUGGAAUUCAUUUGACUGCUGCAAUCUUGGUUGCUCUCUUCCCCUUUGUUUCAUGGCUGUACAUUUAUGUGAACAAAGAGAUGCGAGAAUCUUGGCCAGAACACUGUAAAACUGUGAUUUGACCUGGUGGAGACAGCACAUAAAUAAAUAUUCUGACAUUA